AUGCCCAAGACGGGGAAGAUUUACUCUGUGAAUGAAGGAAAUGCAAUGAACUGGGAUGAGCCAACCAGAACGUUUGUGGAGUCCUGCAAGUUCCCAACUGAUGGAUCCGCACCCCGUUCCCUUCGCUACAUUGGAAGUAUGGUGGCGGAUGUGCACCGGACACUUCUGUAUGGUGGAAUUUUCUUGUACCCGGCUGAUAAGAAGAGUCCCAAUGGCAAACUGAGGGUGCUGUAUGAAGUCUUCCCCAUGUCUUUCUUGGUUGAGCAGGCAGGGGGUCAAGCUUUCACAGGAAAGCAACGUGCCAUGGAUCUCAUUCCCACCAAGAUCCAUGACAGCCAUUGCUUUGUCAUCGCGAUCCCCGACGUAGCGAGUUUUCUAAUCCCUUCCCUCCCAUCCAUCGCCGAGGCAGUGCGAGAGCAGUCGCUGCGGAAAAUCCUGAGGCAGCACGAGAUGGAGAUCCAGGCAGCCAUUGACAAGAACAUUGGCUGGUUCUCUCACUACCUCUCCAGACUCCGUCUGUCGUCUCGUGCUGGCGCUGGAAGAGACGAGGACGACGACGAUGACACCAGCAGCGUGUCGUCGCACUCCGCCUCCGCUACAGACACCCUCGCUACUGGCACGUCUGAGGGGGACGAGGGUGGCGGGGAUGCCGCACAAGGCGGAGGCGCUGGGGGAAUGGCGGGCGGUGGGGGGGAGAAUGGGAAAGGCGGUGGCGAGGGGCAAGGAGGGAAGCAGAAGAAAGGGAAGGAGCAGGACCUGUCGAAUGUGGGCAAUAUGGACAUGCCCAUGCACAAAGUGCACGGGGUCUUGGAACCCUGCCUCCCUCUGCUGCCCGAGCCUGACCUCUCGCACCUGCAGCUGCCCGAACCUCUCCCCGACACAGUAGUGAAGCGCCUUCGCUAUUAUCACAUGGACGAGGACGCAAUCGAGAUCGAGACCACACUAGGCGCCAGGCAGGGGCAGCUGGGGCGAACGGUCCAGUUGGACAUGUUCACAGGGAAGCAGACGAUGGGCGAAAGGGCUAAGAGCUUCCGGGUACAGGAGAGCAUGGAGGUGCACUGUGGGUUUGCGGGGCCCAACACGGGGUUUACGGUGGCAGAGGCGGACCAGCGGUGGCUGAAGCGGUGCCAGGUGGCGGUGGUGACGGCGAUAUUUGGGGGAGGUGACAUCCUGGUGCAGCCGAUUGGGAUGACACAGGAGUCUCUUCAAAAGGUGUGCUAUGUGGCAUUUUGGGACGAGGUGACAGCAGCUGCACAGGCGGAGGCAGGGGUGGUGCCAGACGCAGGCACCAUGAGGGUGGGGCUGUGGCGCAUUGUCAUUGUGAAGGACCUGCCAUUCGUGGACCAGCGGAGAAACGGGAAAAUUCCCAAGAUCUUGUCUCAUCGCCUCUUCCCCCGCGCCCGCUUCUCCAUCUGGGUCGACUCCAAGUACCAGUUCCGCCGGGACCCCCUCGGAGUGCUCGACUCGCUGCUGUGGCGGCAGCAGCCGCGGGCAGAGUUUGCGAUAUCGGAGCACGGGGCGAGGAGUUGCAUUUACGCGGAGGGGGAGGCGAUUGUGAGGAAGCACAAGGCUCAGCCGGAGGAGGUUGCGGUUCAGCUGAACCAGUAUCGCACCGAGGGGCUCCCGGUUAAUGCCACCUAUAAUGGGAAGAAAGGUGAGGGGAAGCGAGUGGAUGUGGUGGUUUGGAAGAAGGUUGGAUGGACGGUUAUUUCGAGUACUGAUCUCGCUCUCACUGUUUCUUUUGUUUGUGGGGGCAUCCGACCAACGUAUGUUCUAUUCCCUUUUUAUUGUGCAGCUUUGGCAGAGGCGUCCAUUAUAGUGAGAGAGCACACUGCAGCCACGAACCUGUUCAUGUGCUUGUGGUUCAACGAGAUGGUGCGAUUCACUGCUCGUGAUCAACUCAGUUUCGGCUACACGCUCCGACGACUCGACCUGGUGAAACCAAACAUGUUCCCAGUGUGCACACGACGGGCGCUGGUGAACGCUCUUGGCCACAAGCGUAAGGCAAAACCACUUGCACAUGGAGUGUCCUGA